AUGAGGUUUUUCACUGCCACAGUGCUGGGGCUAUUGACGUCCAGCCUGGCUGCCGCAACCAACCUUACAUCACCAUCCCGACUUGCUCUCCCAGCCGAUUUCAAGCCCCAACAGGUCUUUAAGAACACCAACCUCGUUCGAAACACCAAUUUGGAGAAGGGUUACGUGCGCGAGACCAUCAAUGUUGUCGUGGAGAAUAUCGACAAGCAGGCCCAGACCGACUACUACAUUCCCUUCCCUUCAGAUGUGUUUGAGCGAGUAGGUGGCUUCGAGGUCCGAGAUAAGAAGGCUACCGACAAGGGCCGAUUUGUGGUCGAUGCGACUGAAGUCGUUUCUGCCAGUGGUAACCAGUACUUCAUUGUCCACCUUCCCGAGCCUCUGGCCCCGAAAUCUCAGAUCACCCUGGGAAUCUCUUACUCUGUGUUGAACUCGCUGAGCCCGCGCCCCGCGACUAUCGGCCAGAGCGACAAGCAAUAUCUCCACUACGCUUUCUCUGCCUACGUCCCCUCUGCCUACCAAACCAUCACCCAAAAGACCAAGGUCAAAUUCCCCAGCACCGAUAUCCCCGACUAUACCACCACCUCGGAUCUCAAGUCUGGUGCCGACCCCGAGCGCAAGGGCGCUACCUACACCUACGGGCCUUACGACACGGCCAAGGUCGUUCCCGGCACCGAGUAUCCGAUCGCCGUCCGCUACGAGUUCACCAACCCCGUCGUUACCGUGCACCUGCUUGAGCGUGAUCUGGAAGUCUCACACUGGGGUGGAAACCUGGCCACCGAGGACCGCUACUGGCUACGAAACAACGGCUCCGAAUUGGCCAGCCAGUUCUCUCGUGUUGACUGGACAUUCGCCAACUACCAGCGCGCGCCGACUUCUGCUGUCCGUGAGAUCACAUACCCUCUGAAGCCCGGUUCCGUCGACCCUUACUUCAUUGACGACAUUGGCAAUGUCUCGACCAGCCGCUACCGCCCCGGUAACGGUAAGACUGCCGGAAACCUGGAGCUCAAGCCCCGCUACCCCAUCUUCGGUGGCUGGAACUACAGCUUCAAGGUCGGCUGGAACAACGAUCUGGCCGCCUUCUUGCGCGAGACUGCCAAGCCCGACUCGUGGGUUCUCAAGGUUCCCUUCAUCCAGGGACCCAAGGCAUCUGAGGGCGUUCAGUACGAGCGUGUUGUCGUUCGCGUUGUGCUUCCAGAAGGGGCGCACAAUGUCCGAUUCCAGACUGCCGAGGGCUCUUCCAGCAAUGGCCUUCCCGGUGCAAACCAGAUCCGUGCUGGUCUUUCCUCUUACAAGACCUUCAUGGAUACCCUUGGUCGGACUACGUUGACCCUGGAGGUUGACGGCUUGACUGAUGAGGCGCGGGAUGCGGAAUUGAUUGUGACCUACGAUUACACCUUGAUGGAUGCCUUGCGCAAGCCGUUGACUCUCUUCGGUGGCUUGCUCUCCGUUUUCAUUGCUCUGUGGGCAAUUAGCAAUAUCGAUGUCAGCAUCAAGAAGCGCUAA